CAACAUUUUCAGCCUGGUCCACGUCAGUGCAUUGAAACGGAAUGUACGAAAGUAGCUCGAGAUGGCAGUAAAUACUGCAGCGACGAAUGUGGAGUCAAACUGGCAAAGCUGCGACUUCUUACGUUACUACCCAAAAAGGUUGAGGACUAUUACAGAGAACAGCCGCAGUGUGAGCUACGAGCACUGGAAGAAUUGCGUGCAAUUGACCAGAAGAUUGGUAAGAUCCAGGUGCAGACGGAAACUAUGUUGGGCUACGUACGGGCUAUUCAGAGAUACGUUUCGGCGAUGAAAUCGACGACGUCGGUAAGCUACGAUGAAACAGGAGAUGUUGACUUUAUGGCGAGUUGUAUUGUAUGUGGUAUGGAAACGAAUGGACGUCAGUUACCCAAGCAUGUGGAACGUUGCUUUGUGCGCUCGGAGAAACAGACAUCUUUCGGCACAGCCACUCCUGUGAGUUUUUCCUUGACUGUCCUUAUUUAG